GCUCUGUCUACCAAUUUUUUCGCUCGUCAAUGUGUUUCUAGCACUCAAAAAGCGUACGACUAGGUCAUUUGGCCCGACAUUCGCGCUUCUUUUCCUCACCACCAAGAACAACGACAUUCCAUCCUCAUAAACCCCCAAUCCAUAUCAACCCUUCCCGAUGUUUCUUCUCCUCACUCUCCCCAUCCUAGCCCUGGCCCAAAUCAAGAACCUCGUCAACCUUCGGGGACAACUAGACCGAUGUUGUUUCCGUCAGCAACGGCAGAUCCCGUGGCUUGUUUGCACCGCGCAGUACGCUAACCUUACUCUAUUCCCUUUCGCGCGUUUCAGUGCUACGUGUUCAAAUAGGAUAAUUUACUGGCCCUUCCCCUCCGUGUUCGAAAGCCAGCGGCCGCUGUAUUUAGCUGAGAACGAUAAUGGUUCGAUUGUGUUGGACGCCAGAGAGACGCUGUACACACAAUGGAUCGGGACGAACGACCCAGGUAGGUACUCAAUCCUCACAGGGAGCAAUGACGCGUCCAUUGUGGAUGUUGUGAAGUGCAUGGUUGUUGAUUGGACGAAGGUCCUGUACAAAGAUGGAGCGAGGAAUUCCUUGGUUCAGAAUAUGAUCCCGUUAAACUCCACGAUCCUCUACGCCUAAUCGGUGUAUAGGAAUCUUUGACUCGCACGCUCUCUUCAGACAUGUACACUACCCACCUUAACGCACGGCGCCAUUGAUGGAGGGGAAUGAGAGCUCUACUGGUGUAUGCACAAUGGCUUAAGGGUCGGAUCUGGAUAGUUUUCUCUGAUACGACGAGCUGCAUCCGAGCGAACAGGCAGAUAGGAAUGUAGCGAGAAAAGUUGC